AUGCCUCUAUUGCCACACUCCCGUCGACGAAGAGAGAGCGACUACCACGAAGAUAUCCAAGAACCCGCACCGAGACGCCUUCGCUUUUCACCACCGGAGCUGACAGAUGUCAUAUUUGAAGUUCAUAGCGACUUUCGUGUCCUAAGUUGUCAGCGUAUAGGUGCUCUUUCGGCCUUUCUCGACCAGCAGAACAAACCAAAGCCAGGCCAUCGCGCCAGACACUACGCGUUUUCUUUCGACCGCUUCCAAAGCUGGGCUGCCCAGUGGGUUGCGGACCUGAACGUGAGCCAAUGGGUUCUUAGUCUAGAUGACAGCAGUUUCCUCUUCGACGAGGAAUCAACAUGGCACAGUGCUCUUAUCGGCGUGAAUCAUCUACUGGAGCAUGCGGACCCCCGACUAUGUCCCCGUAACCCAGUCGUCACUAUUGCACCACUCCCUCCUCAGUACUUGAAGAAUAGCCCGUUUAUCACUGGCGGAUCAGACUCCAGCCAGCAACGAAAACAGCUCACAAUUGAACAAGGCGAAAAGGGAGCCUCUUCUAGUGGCAAAGUAACUCCGUUGUCAGGAGAAGAAUCCGACUCUGACAGCAAGUCCAUCCCAUCGCAGCAAGACAUUUUUAGUGACGAAGAGUCGGGAUUUGGUGGGAACGAUUCUGAGGUCCCUGAGUCAUCAGAUUCUGAGAACGAAAGUGUGUCGGACGAGGGGAGUGAAGAAGACGAAGAAGAUGACGAAGAGCCCAGCUCCAAUCGAAGCAAAAAUGGGAGCCUCAAUCUGAUCUCCAACGAGUCUAUGACAGACAGGGCACAAGAGGACACCGAACAAGUGGAUGCGGGUCAUGAAGAAGGCAGUUUUCUCAGCGACGAAAGAACUGGCCAGCAAUACCCAGAAGGAGACUUGCUGAGCGCUUCAUCCGCUACUUCAAUUGAGGAGGGCGAUAUCAGUGCACCUCCUUCUAACUUGAUCCCAGCCAUACUUGAAAGUCAAGAACAGACAUCGAAAACUACGGCCACGACACCAUCCCGCGAAGAAGAAUCCAAUGGCGUACUUGAAAUGGAUAUCGAUCUCUCAAGUAACGAAGAAGAGAGCUCAUGUGAUGGGGAACUAGACGAUGAUAUGGAAGAAGAAUGCCUCGGGGACGAGCGUAUAGCACCUGCACAGCAACUCUUGUUCAAGCAGCCAUUCUUGACUCAGAAAAGUUGGGCUGAAGUAUGCACCGUCUUGGACCAUCCCAUCGAGAAGCGCGAUGAAGGGAAGCUACUCUUGGGCACUCGCCAGAGCCUUCGGAUUCACCAAAUGGCUUUCAUCGUCCGAGCCAUGAAGGCCCAUCGUGUGGCUGAAGAGUUGAAUGGACUCCUUCUAGCGGACAAUGUAGGGCUUGGCAAGUCGAUAUGCGCACUGGGACUUUUUGCUGUCACGUCGCUUGCUCUAUUGAAUCUCAGACAUGCACGCCAAUAUCCUGACAAGCAUUUGCCGAGGGAUGAAAAGCGUAGGGGCUUGAAGUGCCCCUCGGGAAACAUGUAUGGUAUCCAGUGCGUCUGCAUUCCAGAAGGCAUCACACAUGAUUAUGUCCAGCAUCUCAUCUAUGGACCUUCGGUUUUUGCCGUCCCAGCCAGCAAUCUCGAUGCUUGGGCAAGGCGAGUAAGUGUGUAUUUCAAACGCACAUUUCGUGCUCGCGGGUCGACGGUUGAUGAGGAGUUGGUAGAGCCACUCUACUAUCGAGAAACAGGCCAAAUCAACCCGAUCCCUUUAGAAGGCAAAGAGAAAGCGGUCAAAAGGAAAGAUCUGGUUGCUUGGCCCAAAGUUUCCUCCUCCCAGAAGCGAAUCGCGAAAAAGACUCGGGGAGAAGCCAAGAAGAACGAUUCAAAGCCAAUCAUGUAUCAAGAGGCGUAUGCCACCUAUGGAAAUACAGGCAGUCUCUAUUUCAAAGCACCUCCGAUAGGUAAAGCGCAGUUUCGGUAUCUCAUUCUCCUAUCUUUCACAGCUCUCGGCCGUCAAACAUCUGCUCUGGCGCGUGUAUUCGGGGUACAGACUGCUCUUCCCAACCAGGAAAAAACCAAUGUUGCUGUGAAGGGCAAAGAGCAUGCAGACUCAAGUAUUCGUGUCAUUAUUCCAUUUGCCAUCUCAGUCAAUCUGUUCUUUUUCGAUGAGAGUCACUCAGUCACGAGCAAGGAGACACAACUCUUCAACAGCUUCGAGGAUAUCAAGCGUUUGUCAGGAAUCAGCCCCCGCAAACAACCGAAAUGGUACUUUAUGACAGCAACCCCGUUCUCGCACUCCCCCAACGAUAUACAUUCGUGCCUUAGAUUGCUCAUCGGAAACCAAGCCGAGAGAAAAAGGAUUCUCCAUGAGUUGCCCAACUUUGCGACCCGGUUUCGCAGGCUGCAGCCCAAGAAAUCAGCCGGCGCGAAGAAACAGCUGACCCAAGAUGAUGAUACGACGGCCAAAUUCGCUCAAGACUUUGCCAAGUUUGUCCGGCCUUUUACGGUUGCUAGAGACUGGGGCAGCCCUUACCUGGAUACAUGCCUACAUGAUAUACGCCCCGGAAUUAAACACCACGUCGUCCAGGUGUCUGUCCCUCAAGGCCUAGCGAAAGCUGUGGAGAGACUGGGUGCCCGUUGCAGAAGACAGCUAACAGUAUUACGUGCGGAGAAACGGCGAGAUCUCCACCUCGAGGAGGUGACGGGCAUCAAGAUAUUUACCCAGUUCUUCAGCGCAAGCAUAGCCCCUGGGCUCGCAGCAAUCCUCGAGGGAAAGGAUGGCCACUUGCUCCCAACGUCAGUGAGGUGGGUGGACGAGGACUUUCGGCUGGGAGAAAACGGCAUCUUGAGGAAGACUCUUCACUUCCAUCGAGGACACGAAUGGGCCGAGAAAUUGACCGAGAUCAUCAAGACGGCACAUGGAGGAGGCAAGGACCAAAGUCACGCCAAGGGCGAUUCCACACCAAACAGCGAGGGCCCAUGCCAUAUCCUGCUUGUUGCGCAGACGCCGGUGCUCGUUGGCCUCAUCGUGCGGUUCAUCGAGGAGGACCCGGAGCUAAAGCACAUCACGCGAGCGAAGCGCAUCUUCCAGUCAGUGACUCCCAAACCGGCCGGGCGCGACACCCUUCUACGGAGCAUCGAAAAGGAAGCAGCCGAGUCGGACCGGACAUACAUACUGGUGACGACACCACGACUGAUUGGAGUUGGGGUUGACAUUGUUUUUUGCUCAUACGUGGUGCAGUUCGGCGAGAUAUUCUCGAACCGAGAGCGCGAGCAGCUCAUCGGGCGUGUGAAUCGGCCCGGACAGCGGUUGACGGUUCACCACUGGCACAUUAUGUCAACGCACCACGCGCAUGCGCUCGUCAGAGAGCGUAACAACGGACGGUCUGUGAUGCUGAGCGAGCAUGGGUUGGUGGAUGAGGGGGUGGAGAGUGAGGAGGUGGCAUUGGGACAAGAGCCCGAGGAGGCACCGCUGGUUAUUUCGCUCGACGAGGACGAGGACGAGGACGAGCUCACACAGUCCUGA